CCCAAAUGGGACACUGAAUUUUACAGACAAGCACAGACAUUUACAGUGCUUCUGUGGAGCACAAAGCCCUUGAACAACCUCAGACCAGAAUAUGGGUAAAACCAGAAGUCAUCAACCGGUCAAUAAGGCAAGCCAGUAGUAAAAUUCCAGCCAUGUUGAUCUGCAGUGCCUAUGACUUCUACCCCAAACCCAUCAAACUGACAUGGAUGAGAGAUGAUAAAGAGAUGACAGCUGAUGUGACGUCCACUGAGGAGCUGGCUGAUGGAGACUGGUACUACCAGAUCCACUCCCACCUGGAAUAUUUCCCCAAACCUGGAGAGAAGAUCUCCUGCGUGUUGGAGCAUGCCAGCUCCAAUAAAGCCAUGAUCUAUGAUUUGGGUGAGAACAGAGCUGACAUUAUCAUAACAGGUGCUGCAGGAGUGGUGUUGGGGGUGAUUAUGGCAGCAGGAGGACUGAUCUACUAUAAAAGAAGACACAAAGGUUAG